GCUGUUGCUGCCUCCGCCGCUCCUCAGUGCGCGCAGGGCGGGAGCCAGGAGGAGACAGGAGACCCAAGCGGCUGGGCACCAUUGAAUAAAAGCUCUGCAAGUCUGCAAUAAAAAUGGCCUCCAAUAAAACUACAUUGAAAUCCAAAACAUUGAUCUUUAAGUGACAAGAAUUAGUGAAGCCGAAAAGAGUACCAGAAAACAGUCUUCCAUUGAAUCAAAGAAUUUUAGUCCAACGGAGAAUACAGAUGGAGAUGUUCCCCACUUGUAGCCUGCUUGCCUCAUCACCACACAAAAUGGGAAAGAAACAGAAUGGCAAAGGUAAAAAAGUUGAAGAGGCAGAGCCUGAAGAGUUUGUUGUGGAGAAAGUCCUGGACAGACGUGUUGUAAAUGGAAAGGUGGAAUACUACUUGAAGUGGAAAGGAUUUACAGAUGCUGACAACACAUGGGAACCUGAAGAGAACUUAGAUUGUCCAGAGCUAAUUGAAGCUUUUUUGAACUCUCAGAAAGCUGGUAAAGAAAAAACAGAUGGUGCCAAAAGAAAAUCUUUGUCAGAUAGCGAAUCUGAUGAUAGUAAAUCAAAGAAAAAACGUGAUUCUGUUGAUAAACCGAGAGGGUUUGCAAGGGGUCUUGAACCUGAGCGGAUAAUUGGGGCUACGGAUAGCAGUGGAGAGCUUAUGUUCCUCAUGAAAUGGAAAGACUCUGAUGAGGCAGAUUUGGUGCUGGCCAAAGAAGCUAAUGUGAAGUGUCCUCAGAUCGUAAUCGCUUUUUAUGAAGAACGGCUAACUUGGCAUUCAUGCCCAGAAGAUGAAGCACAAUAAUUGUUUGCAUUGCUUUUUUUUUUAUAUAUUAGAAUAUUAAAACCUGAAAUUUGAUUUAUUAGCAAUGUGAGAAGCAUACAUUCUAACAAGUUUCAAAUUUGAUAUUUUUUUGAAGUAGUAUGUUUUGCAUCAACAGCAAGUAAAUAAAAGCUUUCUGCAACUUGUUUCAUUUAUCACAAGAGAGCAUUUGAUACUACUACUUCCUCCAUAUUAGGUAAAAGAUUUUAUAAAACAUUGAUGAACUUCCAUAGUUAUUACAGAAUCAUAAUGAAUGUCUAAACAAACUCACAGAUGUUUUGUAGUCUUCUAUACUAUUGAUGUGCAUGUAUCUUCUUUACCCAAACCUAGCCCUUUAAACCAGUAGGGUCAUUCUUUUUAGUAUUUGGGAUCACUUGGUCUUAAGAAGACCGGGUGAAAACUAACUUUGUAGUAAUUUGAAUGUUAUCAGACUGUAUAUUGUUUACUUUAUUGUAAAUACUGGUGAACAGUGGUCAAUAAAAUAGUUUUAUAUUCUUCCUUUA